AUGGAGGAACAAAAGUGCUCUCUACCCUCAAUCUCGAACCUCCUGGGUUUGGCCGAUGCCGGCUCACCCACGAGUGAGUCCUCACCAACCUCACGGCAACAUUCUCCUCGCUUUGAAGUUCCUCCACCUUCACAUGGUCAUAGCCGAGCUGGAUCUGAAUGGGCUAAGUCGUCGCACCGAGGGCUUCCCCCUACACCACCUAUGAGCACAGAUGCAUCUUUCGAAGGCUACAGCUCUCCCACAAGGAAAUCAUCCAACCAGGCAUAUCCAAGCUCAGCACCAAGACCAUACUAUUACGAGACCACGCCACCUCUAGAAGUCGAUGCACAGCGUCAGGCAUCAGUAACAGCUAUUCCUCGAGCAACACCUCCAGCAACGGCCCCUUAUCCUCAGCAAGCUCACCCCACGGUAUACGCCACUCCAGCACCAGUGGGCGCUUAUUACCAGACGGCACCGGUGCCUCCUGCCGUCCAGCCUCAAGAGAUGAACCCUUACUACCAGCGCCCUCUCCCACAAGCUUAUCCCCCACCAGUGAGCAUGCCGGCACCUGCUCCCUCGGGAGCUAACCCGUGGCAGCACCAUCACUAUCUUAACCCAACCGGAGCGGCUGCCUUCCCGCAAAGCCAGGAUAGUCACUCACAUACCGGAGAGAAACCCUUCAAAUGUCCCCAUGCUGGAUGUGGCAAGGCUUUCAGCGUACGCAGCAACAUGAAACGUCAUGAGAGGGGCUGCCACAGCUUCGAAUUCAAUGGAUCUGUGAUUCGGGGUUGA